GACGCCCAACAUCUCCUUGAACCACCCGCCAUGUCUUCUCAGGACACUCCUGUAACGAAUGGUACUUCUGAAACGCAUGUGAUAACCUCCACAUUCGCAGAAGAUGUAACUCUCCUGGCUGCCAUGCUUGACCGCUCUGCCGAUCCAAUCAACGACACAGACAUCGCAGAAUUGCUGCGUCAGAUCGAAACAGCGAACGGAGUAGCGCAAGGUGUGGAGAGUCGGCUUGAAGGGGUUCUUGACCAUCUCGACGCGCUUCUUGACAGCCUGGAGUCGGCUGAGAUGAAAUCAUUAGCGGAAGCUCAUGAUUCCGAAUCAAGCUCGAGAGAAGCCAAGCCAGAUAGAAAAGAGCAGGGAGUGUAGUUGCUCUAUUGACUUCCUCUAGUUCCCGUGGUGUGUGUUGUUAUCGCAGAACACAUUCACAAUGCCGGGAGACCCUCCACCCCUGUCAUUCGCUCUUCGUUUCCUACCCAUACCCUCAAUGUGAGCGUCUUUCUUUCCAAGGCUCGAUGGAAUGUAUUUCUUGUUCUCUACCGUCGGGAGCCGAGUAUGGGUCAACUAAUGAGCACUUUGGACAAUUUGCACAGAUAGAAGUUCUGAUUCAGUUCUUCUCACAUGUCAUGAUUAAUGGUCGCAUAUGCAAGAACAGGUGUAUGUAAAACCACAGGUUUCGUACCAAGUCGUAUUCCACGAGCGGCUACGUACGAUCAAAGGACUCAGUUCGAUCAC